AUGCUGCGUUAUGCAGCUCAUCGUGCGUUAUCUUCAGCUGCUGCUCGUGCAGUUGAAGCAUCACCUUCGACAACGGAACAUAGUUUGGGAUCAGGGUUUGAUGUUGAAGAACCGGUAGCGCCUAAUCCAUAUCUUUGCUUGUUCCCGUCUCCUAAAGUGGUUGUUCCCAGUUUCGAGUUGACACGAAGAGUGGGGACAUUUUUGUCACAAGGUAUUUAUCAGUUGUGGUAUGAAAAGGCGUAUAAUUUGGAAAGAUUCAUUCUAGCUGCUAACGAGGGCACCUCAGUCAUUGGAGAAUGUAUUGCUAACGAGGAAUGGAGUCGUAUGAGUGUGGUGGCAUCGGCGAUUCUUGUUGAACAAGCAAAACUAGCUAGACGCAGAUGCACUAGUGAACAACUGGAUAUGCUCCGAUUUCAUCCUAAUGAUGUUAUUUUGUCAUUUCUGCAUUCGUCUUUCAUAUCGGCAAGGAAUUUUAUGACGAAAGAUGUGCAAAGUGUUUUGUGUAUCUAUUUUACGGUCGCAUCCUUCGUACGGAUGAAUGACUCUGUUCCAUAUGAUGCUACUAUGACACAACUUCUAAAUAAGUACAAAAAUAAUGUCAUCGUUUCAAACGUCACGUUUGCUCGUAAUUUGAGUCCAUUGGGUCAAUGGAAAGCGACAGCAGUCAAUUUCUUCUCACUUGAUGAAGCAAGCAAGAGCCAAUAA